AUGUUUGGUUUAGUACGAUUUAGGAUAUUUCAAAAACCUAUACCAGCUAACGUCAACACAACCGAUAAGAUUAUUCGGGCCUCAUGUGCACUGUAUAAUUGGUUGCGCCUAACAAGUCCCAGUUGUUACUUUCCAAAGGAUUGCGUGGACGUAGAAGAUAUUGACUCUCCAACAAUUGUUGAAGGGACUUGGAGACGAGAACUCAUAGCCACCUUGCCAUCUAUCACCGAUCACACUACCAGUAAUUCACCACGAAUAGCAAGAAAUCUCAGAGACAAGUUUGCCGAAUACUUUAGUGGGGCAGGUUCUGUUGGUUGGCAAGAUAGAAUGAUUUCAUAG